AUGAAGGUUCUCCUGUGUGUGUCUGCUCUCGUCCUCGUCAGCGUGAACGCAAAGGUGGGUGACGUGUGUCAGGACGAAAGCACGUGUGACCCUGGAGAAUGUUGUUUGGAGCCCGUGGACUCUUUGAUCGUCAGCAAGAAGAGAUUUGACUUUGGCCCCAUCUUGGAAGCAAGGAACGCGACCUGCCAAAACUAUCUGUUGGAAGGCGCCGACUGCGAGAGCCAAGACAUUUGGGAUGGAGUGACCUGUCCUUGUGAGACCGGCUCUAUGUGUAUCUCAAGACAAAAGCAGAGAUUCUUUUCAGGUUUCUUUGCAAGUAGAGCAUUGCCGCCAUCCCAACCAGGAUACACUUCGCAGACUAAGUGUGAGAGAAACAACGAGCCCAUACCCAGCUAAAGGUCAAGGCCAUGGCAU